UACAACUUAGCAACUACAACCACAAACCAUCAAUUAAUAUUCCAUUGAGAUAAAAUCAAAUCACUUUUACAUUAUGGUGAUGAAAGAACAGAGAAAAUUAGUGUUAAUGUUACUUAUGGUAAUGGUAAUAAUUAUGGGUUGUAUGUUGAAAGGUUCAAAUGGGUUUAGUUUGUGUAACAUGAAUGAAGAUGGAUUGGAUGCUUGUAAGCCAGCAGUGACUCAGCCACCAGAAGAUCCAAAGCCUGAAUGCUGCAAGGCACUUAAUGGAGCUGACUUGAGAUGUCUUUGUUCUUAUAAGAACUCAUCAGAGUUACCUUUAUUUGGAAUUGACCCAAUUCUUGCUUCUUCACUUCCUGCUAAAUGUAAUCUCACUCCUCCAGAUAACUGCUAAGCUUGUUUCAUUGAUCUAUUUUGUGUGUGUGUGUUUUGUUUUGUUUUAAACCCUCCAUUUCUCAUGGCAAUAGGGCCUUAAUAAUCUAGAUGUAAGUAAAGUUUCGAUCAAAAUUAUUUCGGCUAGAAUUUGAACUCAAAUUCUUCUUAAUAAUUUGUCUUUAACUAGAAUAUUAACCAUUUGAGUUCAAUUCCUUAUCUAUUUUCUAUUUUCUAUGUGUAUUGUUUUUGUUUGUGUCAUAAUAUUUCUGCAAUUAGCGUAUUAAAGUGAAAUGUAUUAAUUGUACUGGGUUUGCUUCGUGUAUUCAAUAAAGAAUAAAGUACCUCCAAUUUUCAUUGCUA